AUGGCAAAGCUCUCUCGCGCACUGGGUGAAAUAGCAGAUGUGGAGCAUACCAUCUACGCAGACGAUGUCACCAUUUGGAGCACCGGUGGCAGCGAUGCGGAAUUGGAAGCCCGCAUGCAAGAAGCCAUCUCAGUCACCGAAGCCCAUCUCACUCCUAUGGGACUUCGCUGCUCUUCCAGAAAAUCCGAGCUGCUUAUCUACCAGCCUCCCAGACGAGGGCGCCCGUCAAAAGACUGGCGCAGACCCAUCCCUCCAUGCAUAGAGUUACACGACUCGGACGGCAAACGCAUACCUACGGUCGACAAAAUACGAAUCCUCGGACUCAUCAUCCAAAGUAACGGCUCCAACUUGGUGAUGCUGGAAAGCAUCACGUUCAAGAUUGGGAACGCGCUGCGAAUGUUUCGGCGCAUCAUGAACAGGCACAGAGGACUGGGCGAGGACAACGCCAUCAGAAUGGUCCACGCUUUUGUACUCUGUCACAUCACAUACGUGGCUGCCAUGCUGAACUGGAAAAAAGCGGAACGGCGAAGGCUCGAAGUGCACAUACGACGCGCUUUCAAGACAGCGUUGGGGCCUCCCGGAUAA